AUGUGACUAUUUGUGUCUAUAAAUGAAGGCUCCAAAGUGAGAGUGUGACUCACAUUAGAUUUCGGUGGCAAGUGCCAACAACGACGUGCAAGUUCCAAGGCGGAGAAAACAAUGGCCACCUGCGUGGAGAGGGACGUGGAUAAGAAGAGCCAUGAAGAACUGAAGCACCUUGGCUUUGUGAAGAUUGCAGCAAUUAAAGCCUUUGUGUGUGUCUCCAAUCUCUACGACUUUGCAAAGCAAAACUCGGGACCUUUGAGAUCUGCUGUUGGAACCGUCGAAGACACUGUAACCACAGUUCUGGGUCCUGUCUACCACAAAUUCAAGCCUGUCCCUAACCAUCUUCUCCUUUUUGUCGACAACAAGGUGGAUGAAGCUAGGUACAAAUUCGAAGAGCAUGCUCCUCCUUUGGUUAAGCAGGUUGCAAGCCAAGUUAAUUGUUUGGUUCAGGAAGUGACACAGAAAGCAGAGAAAGUAGUGAGUGAGGCACAGUGUGGAGGGGCAGGUGCCGCAGCACAUUAUGUUGCGACGGAGUGUAAGCAAAUUGUGGUGUUUGGUUGGGUGAAAUUGUGGAAUGUUCUUGACCACUAUCCACUGUUUCAUGCAGUGGCAGAGAUGGCAGGAGAGUGGUCAGACAAGUACAACCAUGUGGUGAAGAACAAGAGUGAGUCAAAGGGAUGUGGUGUGUUUGGUUAUUUGCCUUUGAUUCCAAUUGAUGAAAUAGCCGAGGCGUUUAAACAGGGAGAAGCCAAAGCCAAUGUGAAUGAAGAUGAAGUAGGUUCCGAGGGAGAGAGUUACUACUAGUGCUAGCUAGCUUUUUGUUUUUCACAUAAGAUAUCAUAUGCUAGUAUUUGUUUCAGUUUAGGGGCAAUGUGGGUGGGAAUGGAAGUGUAAGAAAUGGGUGCAGACUGUUGAGAGCAUUUAAGUUGGUAGAACAUUAUGUGAAUGGUGGUUGUGUUAAAUGGUCACAACGUUGUUUCGUCCUUUUCUUGCA